GUUCCAGCAGUGUUUUUUUUCCCGUGCAGCGGUACACCUCGGGAGUUCGCGAUGAGGUCACUACCGCUGCCAACUCACACCGUGUUUUUCCUCCUGUUCCCACCUCUCAGAUCCUGGACGAGAUCGCAGAGCACGGGAUCCGGAUCUACCAGCUGCCCGACGCCGACUCCGAUGAGGACGAGGAGUUCAAGGAGCAGACCCGUGUCCUGAAGGCGAGCAUUCCCUUUGCUGUGAUUGGCUCCAACCAGCUGAUCGAGGUGAAGGGGAAGAAGAUCCGCGGUCGUCUCUACCCCUGGGGAGUCGUCGAGGUGGAGAACCCCGACCACAAUGACUUCCUCAAACUACGCACCAUGCUUGUGACCCACAUGCAAGACCUCCAGGAGGUAACCCAGGAUCUGCACUACGAGAACUUCCGCUCGGAGAGGCUGAAGAGAGAGGGCAGGGCUGUGGACGAGGACGAGCUGGACAAAGACCAGAUCCUGCUGCAGAAAGAGGCAGAGCUGAGACGCAUGCAGCAGAUGAUCGCUCAGAUGCAGGCACAGAUGAAGAGGAAAUCGGACGAGUGAAAGAGCCGCAGCGGAAGGGAAACGCCGUGAUCCCAACCCCCCCAACACACACACACACGGACACAUAUAUGUAUUCACACGCACACACCUGGUCCUCCUCUGAAUCCAUCCCUGCAGAUCCACCAGGAGUCCAGAUAUCCAGGAUCACAUCAACUUUAUCUGCACACCACCACCUCUUCUUCUUCUUCUUCUUCUUCUUCUUCUUCUUCUUCUUCUUCCCUCCAAACAUCCAUCCAUCAGCUCUUCAGGAGAAACAUCUUGUCAAGACUCCUCUUACAAUCCACAUCUAGACCUCGCUCAUUAUCCCGUCUUGUACUGUAUGUACCAGUUUUAGUCUUUGAUCUUUAGUAUGACUAUACAGAGGUUGUGCCACCAUACUAUCAUGUUUACAAAUAAAUAUAUAUAUAUAUAUAUAUAUAUAUAUGAAUUAUGCAUUUUCCAUUAAUUUUGCCAUCGGGUUAAGAUUGUUUUAACAUAUUUUAACAUAAAAAUAGUUUGCUUCUCAUGUUUUUUUAUUAGCUCACGAGUGAUUCGGUGGCCCAUCUCCGUUACCUCUGGAUGGUUUCACACCUUCGGGGCUUCAGUGUGAUGAUGCAAUAACUAUAAAUAUUACCACAGUGAACUCUUAAGUGUGCUUACGAAUGAGGUGUAAGCUGUCCAUGCAGAGAACGAGUAAUGCUGUUUGUUCUUAAUCGUGUUAAAACUAGAAACCUUAUUUUGUAGCCAACACUACAAACUUUAAUUCUAGGUGGUAGUAUUCAAACUAAUACCACUUUGUUUUAAAGGGAAACAACAAUCUUUAAGAUUUAGUAUCAUGGUUUAGUUGACUAUGAAGGGCCAUUUUGUUAAUAUAUAUUUUUUGUAUUUAUCAUCAAGAGCUGCGCAAUCUUUAAUGUCAGUGCCAAACUACAACUACAGACUGAAAACUAAUCCCACUGUUCAGUCCAGGGACUUAAUGUGUCCAUAUUUGCUUCAGUGGUGUCAUUUAAUGUGUAAAAUGUUCUGUUUGUACACGACAUGUGCCGCUUUUCAUCGUAAUGUAUUCAGGCCCAUUUAAAAGUCAAAUAGUGAAACAUGUAACUGUUAUAUGGGUAAAUGCCCUGCAGAGCCUUCAAACAUCGAUGUGUUGUUGACAUUAUUUCGUUUUUCUGUCUGUUGUACGCAAAUCUGUCUGUUGAACUUAUUAAGACACACAUUAUUAUUAGUAUUAUUUCUUAACCAUGUUUCAGUAGAGACUUGUUUUUAGGCGUAAACAUUUUUUUUUUUUGUAUUUCUCUCCAAAAUAAAAUGUCUUUUAAAACAAAAAGAGAGUUGACAUGUGUGACUUUUGA